AAUUUUACAACUGUGAUCGAUACUUCGCUGCCCAUCAAACGAACGAGUGAUUUUUCAUCGCUGCCGUAUCCGUGCGUGGAAAUUACGAAAUUGUAGAUUUAUAAAAAUCUUUUUUGAAAAUCAAGCAAAUUAACAUAAAAUGGCUUCGAUCUGUGGACGCAUGGCUCUGCGUGCCGGUGCACGCCAGAAUAUCACAUACACUCCAGUUCGCUUCUGCAAGAUGAUGAACGAUCCCAUGGAGCACGCCACCGGUAUUGAGAAGCGUGAAUUGUUAGCCAAAGCUGCUGGCAACGACAAUCCCUUCGACAUGAAAGUGUUCAAACGUGGCGCUGGCACCAAGGAAAACCCCAAUCUGAUACCUUCCGCUUUCGACGCCCGUAUUGUCGGUUGCAUCUGCGAAGAAGAACAGACAUACGUUCAAUGGAUGUGGCUGCAAAAGGGUACGCCUAAACGCUGCGAAUGCGGCCAUUGGUUCAAAUUGAUCGAAAAGGCUGCUAUCUAAAUGGGGCGAAUUGUUUGUACCAUCUUUUAAAUACCUAAAGUUUCGUUCUGUUUUCAAAGAAAAACUUAAGUAAAAAGUAACCUUAAACCCUAAAACAUCGAGUGAAUUAUUUCCUAAUGAACAAAUCAACCAACAACUUACUUCAAAAUAAAUGAAAAGGGUUACUUUUUUCCUUCUCUGCAUCUAGAAAAGAAACAAACCACAAAUGUGCAACAUGGCCAUAAUUUAGUAAAGUGAAAGAAAGAACACGCUUGUUAUGUUUAAGCCUAAAUAAAGUUUAAAGAAAAAAACCAAUGAAACCGAAA